CCAAUCAUAAUGUAAGCAUGGGCGGUUAGUGGUACCUCAGCUAUAUUUCUGGGUUCUUGCCGCGCCCUUGCGAAAUUAUAAAGAGUGUGCCAGAAGGUGUCAGUUUCGAAUACUAAAAAUUGAUGUUUUUUUAUCGAGUGGAAGUUUGAGGUGUUAUUUAAGAAUUUCCUUUGUAUCUUAUUUUGAUCUUUUGAAGGUUUCAAGAAAAUUGGUUAGCAACAACCAUGGCGAAUGUUGAAAAUCCUGAAAGUAAAACGAAUGGCACUUUAGAAGCAAAUGGACCUGUUGCAAAGUAUAACCCUGAUGAUCCUGAGGAUCAGAAACAAAUGUGGAGACCUCCUGAUAUUGACCAGGAUAUGAAGGAAAUGGAACGAAGGAAAAGAGUGGAUAUGAUUAUGAAUAGCCAAGUUUUUCGAGAAGAAUUGGAACGAAUUAUAGAGUCUCAAAUAAAUGAAGGUUGCUUUCCUGCAAAUUUGUCUGCAUUGCAACAAGUUACAGAAUUAUUGCUGCCGAAUCGACAUUCAUCUAAUAUUCGCUCAGGGCAUUGUGUUAUUCCUAUUAAUGACAUUCGAGGUGUAGAUGGCAUUCGUUAUACUAAACUUGAAAAGCUUCUUCGUUGUAAGCUUGCAGCAGUGUAUAGAUUAAUUGAUUUAUAUGGUUGGUCUGAAAACAUCUACAAUCAUGUAACUGUGAGAGUAAGUCAGGAUCAGGAACAUUUUCUUCUUAAUCCUUUUGGCUUGCAAUAUCCGGAAGUCACAGCUUCAUCUUUACUUAAAGUUGACAUGCAAGGUAAUGUAAUCGAUCCUGGUUCUACGUCGUUUACUUUCAAUCGAGCUGGUUUUGUUUUGCACUCUGCAAUCCAUGCAUGUCGACCAGACAUCAGAUGCUGCAUUCAUAUUCAUUAUCCACCAGUUGUUGCUGUUUCUGCUAUGAAAACUGGUCUGUUGCAUGUUUCACAAGAGGCUGCUUUAAUUGGUGAUGUUAGCUACCAUGAUUAUCAAGGUAUUGUAGUUGAUACAAAGGAGCGAGAACAAAUUGCUCGAGAUUUAGGACCUGUUAACAAGGUGUUGAUCUUAAGAAAUCAUGGUGUGAUCGUAUGUGGAGAAACUAUAGAAGAAGCACUCUUUUAUCUUCAAAAUCUUGUGUUGGCUUGUGAAGCUCAGGUGAGAUUGAUGCCUAUUGGUCUAGAUAACAUUCAAAUCAUGUCACCUGAAGCAAGACAGAAGGUCAGAAGCAUAAUUACUGAGAAUCAUGGUAGUGUAACAGGAAGGCCUGAUGGUGGUGAGGAUGAAAAAGAACAGAGAGUUAAAAAGUUUAAAGUUUGGGAUCUAGAGUUUGAAGCUCAAAUGCGAAUGCUUGAUAAUGCAGGAUUUCGUACUGGUUACUUGUACAGAUAUCCAUUAAUAAGAGUUGAAACACCACGGCAAAAGAAUGAUGUUGAGGUUCCACCAGCUGCUACAUCCUUCGCUCAAUAUUUGGAAGAGGACAAAUGGCUGAGACCUCUCAAAAAGCUUAUGGAUGGAAAGAAAUCUCAAGAUAAAUUGCGAUGGGUCAAUUCACCUAAUGUGUAUCAAAAAGUGGAAGUCCUGGAAACUGGUACAAGUGAUCCAAAAAAGAUUACGAAGUGGGUCGAAAAACCAGAUAGCGGCGAGAAUGAUUCUUGGGUUCAAGAAGGCUCUCCUUCUCAUAGUACUUUAGUGAAAAUUGAGAGUCCACAUCAAUUUAUUCCCAAAAGUGGGGAUCCAAAUGAAUUCAAAAAGAAACAAAAAGAGAUGAAACAAAACCGAAUGCAUUCCAAAAUUACUGCUGGACCACAGUCUUCGAUUUUGGAAGGAGUAACUUGGGAAGAAAUUAAAAAGAUGCAGGAUGCACAAAAUGCAUCUGGUGAUCAAGUAGUAUUAGUUGGUGCUGCAUCAAAAGGUAUUAUCCAACGGGAAUUUCAGCACAAUGCGAUGGUUUAUAAAACUGCUUAUGCAAAGAAUCCAUUUGAUAACAUAUCAGAUCAAGACUUAGAGGAGUAUAGGAAAAUAGUGGAGAAAAAACAGCGUGGAGAGCCAGUUGAAGAUGAUAUUCCCGAGCAUAUAAAACCUUUACUAUUGGAACCUGUAUUAGUAGCUGAUGGUCAACCAGUUAGCUCUGUCCAAGAGUUAAAUACUCCACCCCAGUCUCCCGUUUCUCCAUGUUCUGAUGAAGAAGUCAGCAAGUCGGGUGGCUCUGUUCAAAGAUCCAUGUCAGCCAGGCUCAGCGUAGAAGCUGCUGAAGAUAUACGUGAAAAGAGUUUCCAACGGCGUACAUUAUCUGAACGAAAACCCAAAUCUAAGAUCACUGCUGAUGUUACUCUUAAUGGUGAAGAAAAAUUAAGAUCUGCUGAAAGUGGCGAGGUGUCUGCAGCUUCUCGAAGCAGCAAAGAGAGUUCUCCAGUAAAAGAAGUUGGGGACGAGUCUCCUAAAAAGGACAAGAAGAAAAAGAAGGGUCUUCGUACACCGUCAUUUUUAAAGAAAAAGAAGCACAAGAAAGAAAAGGAAGAUAAGGAAAAAGUAGCAUCAUAAUGCAAGAUUUGUUAUCAAGAUGUGUAUUACUUGUAACUGCCAACAAUUAUUUACAUUUUGGCUUGGUGCUGGAUGUGACUGUUAUUUCAUUUUGAAUUGCCUGCAUCACGUUUACAACAUAUGUGCUCUUAAGAUGCUGUAGACUUGGUAGGUUGUUCAUAAUUGAGGAACUGAAGUCACUUCAGCCUUACUUCUUCCAUUAUGCUGCUGUGAACUUAAAUGUGGGAUCUAUUAACGAAUUUUGCUCUAUGAAAAAGUGAUGUUUAUGUAAAGAAAGAUUCACAAGAGUUUUUUAAAAAUUAAAGAGUUCUAAAGUUUAUACAAUCGUAUAAUUAGGGUUUAUUUGAUUUAUUACAGUGGUUAUCUUCCCAUGACACUGUGAAUAUACUGUUAUGCAUUGUUUAUAAUAAAUGUUCUGGAACUUGUGCAGGAGUGUAGAGGCAGCUAUGUGAAAUUAUUUUAAGGUAAUUCCAUGACACGUUUCUAGUUUUUACAUUCAUCUUUUUAGAAUUGGGUUUUGUACAAUAUUUUUUAAGGUAUGCUACCCCUUAACUUUCUGCCUUUUUGUUUUUAUCUGUGUGCUUUGAUUUUUCUAUGGAGCAUGUAAGUUUUUAAAUACGUUUGAUACGAAUUGAAUGAUAACUGUUUUAGCAGAAUUCGUCAGCAUAUGUGCCUGUAUGUAAAUAAAAUUUUAUUGGUAGUUUUGUUCUUGUUAUCGGUAUAUUUGUAUCUUUAUGAUGUAUAUGAAGCUUAAUCUUUGUCAGAAUGUCAAAUAUCUGCUGUAUCCGUUUUGUUUUUUGAACCUAUAUUGAAACUCUCGCUCGGCAUUUGUUGAAACAUUUGGAAUCAAGCAUUGCUUUGUGCAAGUAAAUAAUGAGAGUAUAUUUUGCCACUGUUCUUGUAAAAAAAAAUGUUAUGCUAUGGAAUCCGCACUUAUAUUUGUAAUUAAAAUUAAUUUUCUGAUUGUUUCUAUAUAGCAAAUUGUUAGGUUUAAAUACUUGAAUUAUUCUUUUGUCAUAAUUGUGCAAUUUCAUGUUAAUUUUUACAACUUUGAUCCAGUGUGUUGAAAUCUAUGAUUAUAUGUAGAAUAAAAAAUAUCAAGCAUUGAUAA